CGAGUUUUUGGUUCAGGAAUUUCUUGAAUUCCCGAUAAGCCAAAUUAGGGUUUCGGAGUAUUUGGAAGCCGGAUUGAGCCCAAAUUUCAUAUACGAGCUUCCUGCAGCGAGGUAAUCAAUCCUCUAGUUCUAAUCCCUGAAUUUCAGCUAUUAUUUAGGUCGGAUCCGGAACCGCUGGAUUUAGCUCCGGCCAGGGUUUGAUGUGUUUUUAUCAAGAAUUUCACCCGGAGCCUAGAACUAAUAUUGACGGGGAUACUGCAGGGGAUAUUAGGACGGUCUCGGAUUUUAAUUCAGGGUUUGUUUGUGAAAUUGACGUUUUAGUACGGGAUGGUUAAACCGGUGUUUGAACGACCAGAACUGGUGAGGGAUUAGCACGGCAUACCGGGUUUGUCGUAUCACGAUAAUUAUAUUGAUGCUUAGAAUUGACCUACGUGAACUAGAAUGGCAUGAUUAGGGGUGUAUGGACUUUUAUGCUAUAUGAUGAACCAUGGAUUGUUGUAUGAUAUUAUUGACUUGCCCUAGCCGAUAUGAACCUUGUUUAUGUUGAUGAUUGCAUACAUGUUGCCAUUUGUGGCUUAACCGUUGAUAUGACUUCAUGGCUGUUCGAUCGGGUGUUUUGACAUGAUGUGAUAUUGUGGUUGUUUUUGGAUUCACAAGUGGGGGAAAUAAACUUCCCAGGGUGAUAUUAUGAUGUUUAAGGAGGAUGACUUGCACGAGGGUUUAUCCCGAGGAACUGCAAUUAUACGACUCCUGAUUUAUCUAUGAUGAGCCAAUUACGGCCAGGUCAAGUACAUGUGUAAGUAAUGAAUUAUGAUUAAGCAAGAUGAGAUAUGAAUCAUGUACAAGGAUACCAAAUAUGAGUGUUGUGGUCUCACGGUCAACUACAUAGUAAUUAGGGCUCCCUAUGCUAUUACUCUAUUAUGAUAGGUAUGAUAGUCACACCUCUCAUGUGGUGGUGACUGAAGAAUUCUUACGAGAUAUGACCACACCCAGAGCGGUGUCGGGGUAUGACUACACCCAUAGUGGUGUGGGGUAUGUAUGACCACAUCCGACGGGAUGUUGGGGUAUGUAUGACUACAUCCGACGGGAUGUGGGGUAUGUUUCCCGGGAGAGUUAUUAGCAUGGGAGUAGCCAGGCGCCUAUGAGUAAAACAUAAUAAGAUGCAUAUGCAUAAGUCAAGGUGGUUGAGUCUUUUGCCUAUUGGGAUGUCGGAGGGCUGAGAUCUGAUCCUAGUGCUUUGGCUUGUUUGCUAGAUGUAUGGUAGUGGUAUGCUAUGUUAUGAACUCACGAUGCUAUGAUUAUCUCACUCAGCUAUGAGCUGACCCUCUUUUAUUCUUCUUCUCUGCUUAUGCCAUGUGUAAGCAGAUCAUCAGAAGCAGUAGAUAGGUGUAUAGGUGGAAGCUGAGCAAGAGUUGAAGGCAAGAUGAGGUAUGGUCUUCAACCAUUCUGUGCUUGGACUACUACUCGGGAUUUUGGCCAGUGAUCCACACCUUUUUGUAAAAAUGGUUGAGAACGUUAUUCAUGUGCAUACCAGCUUCUGAUGUAGUGUGAGAUAUCCACAGGUGUUGAAAGUUGAUGAUAUGUGUAUAUGCUGUGUAACUGUGUAAGUUGUGACGACUAUGACAUGUAUUAGUAAGGUAUGCAGUUGUGGAGUAUGAAACUGUGCCUAUGGCUAUGAGAAGCAAUGUAUAAGGUUAUGAGUAUAAUUGUAUGUCUACGAAUGAAGAGAUUCAUAUGAAUUAUUUUGCAGGAUAAGUUGCAAGAACUGUUAGCCCAUUACGCGAGUAAUUCAUGUCGAAAUUUUAUUUGGGUAAAAUUUGAUAAUUAAUGUAACACUCAAGUUUAAUUCUGCUGCAAUUGUAUGAACAUCAUGAUUAGGCAAAACGUAUAGGGUAGGGUGUUACACGUUUUCUGCUUCUUUCUAUCAUUUCCCCUGAGGCCGCCCCAUAUAUAUAAUUAUUACACGCACUGCUUUGCUUUCCUCUCUUGUACGUGGGCUUUGUUUCUUGUCUUCCUGGAUUUCGGCCAAUGAUGGGCGCGCCAUUUUAUAUACAGCGUUUUGCAUUUUGGCCUGGGGGGACCGGUUUCCUUUGUGUUUGGCCUGAUAUCUGACAACCGCCGCUUCGGCGACUGGUAUCCUUCGUUGCUUUUUAUGGUUUCAUUGGCAGUUCCUUGAUUUUACGUUGUCCUUAUCUUUUUGUCAAUCGCAGUGCCGUUUCCCAUUUUUUACGUUUCCUUUCGUCAUUGGACCGGUAACUGACAUGUAGUACUUUCACGUGUGUUCAUUCUUUCCUUCAUUUUUUUUUAUCUUUCGUAGCGUCGGAACUUCCCUACUGUCAUUUUGUUUUCUUUAUCAAAAAUUGUUUCCUCUCUCUUUGGUGCUCUUCUUUUCCCAAACCAUGGAGUUUACGCUGCUUUGUAACCUCGGAGGUCCUCGCAAUGCCAACGUUUCUUUGCGGCUCCGACUGCUGCAUGUGUGGCCGGCGAAGUCUCCGGGGGACAUUAGGAUCUACAAUUACUGUACUCUUUGGGUCGACAAACGGUUAAGUUUCUGUCCUUCCCGCCUUUUCUUUUUUGCCCACGUUUGCUGUGCUCUCUUCGCUUUGUUCAUGCGGCAUGCUGGUGUGUUUUGCGCAGGGUAUGCUGAUACAGGGCGUCUCACCGACUUCGAUGGCUGCUGGGAUUCGUCAUAAUCUCUCGGUUGGCAAGAUAUACGUCAUAAAGACUUUUGCCCUGAGCAAUCCGCCGAAUCAGUAUCGGGCCUGUUCCUUUGAUUUGGCUCUGGGUCUUUCUCCUUCGGCUUCUUUUCAGUCUUGUGUUCUGCCUGCUGAAAGUUUCCCACUUGAUGCUUACGAGUUUGUGGCUUUCUCUCAGUUGAAUAUGCAUGCCGGUAACCAUCGUUAUUUGACAGAUGUCGUUGGCCGACUCAGUUCGAUCAGCGGGAUAUCGCACAAGAUCACAAAUAACGGGCCUGCAGUCAAGCAGACGGUCAUAGUUGAGGAUGAAAGUGGAGCGAAGGUCUCGAUUACGCUCUGGGAUGACUUUUCUGCGGUGUUGGAUCACGUUGCUCUGACCCAGGCUGACUCGAUUGAAGCUGUGAUUUUGGCAUUUGGAGGCUUGCUGGUUAAUAAGCUGGGAGAUGAGUAUGUUCUGUCGAGUUUUGCCGCUACUCGCAUAUCAGUCAAUCCUCCUGUACCAAAGGCUUAUUUUCUUGCAUCUAGGUUUGCUGAGAAACAUGAGUUUGUUGAAUCCUUGCCGGUAGAGUUUGCUACUGCCGCUGAUGCUACAGCUGAUGCUGAUCGUCGAACCAGGACUUUGAGUCAGCUGCUGGCGUUAUCCAGAACAAAUGCCUCACUGAGGUUCCCCCAUCGUCCUGGUCAGCUGCCCCCGCAACUGCAUCAGUUACGAGGGCAAUAUGUCAAGUUUGAUUAUAGGUUGUCGUUGCCGGGACCAACUGGUUUCUCCUCGGGUGAAUUCCGUGUGACCCAAGUGGUUCCUCUUGAUAAUCCUACUGUGGUGGGUGAUCUGCUUGAGUUUUCUUCGCCCCCUCCGUUGGCUGCUCCUAUGAUGCGCGCAUCGAGUAUCAUAGGGGGCCCCUCUGGUUCAUCGAGGACCUCGAAGGGAAAGGAAAAGGUUUCAGACUCUAUUCUCAUUGAAGCUCCGACUAUGCCGUUUAGCAUCACUGAUGAACCAUAUCUGAUUGGCAGAUUUCCCAGUUAUGAGGCCAAGGAUUUUCGAAAUCCUAUUUCUGCAAAUGUCAGAAAUGAAGAUAUUGAUACUGAGUCACGGGUACUUGGAGCUUCUCAGGUUUUAGCGAUGGGUGUACAGGUGGGCUCUACCCGAGCUGUUGCACCUGCUGCGAUGUCCUCUGCUGUUCAUUCUGCUGUACCAUCUGUCCAAUCUGCUGCUUCAAUGAUCCACAGACGAUCAGCAAGGAUUGAAGAGUCUAUGAGCCCCGAGGAUGUUGGUCGUGGCUCAUCUAUGCCAGCUGCGAAAGUUUUAAAGCCAUCCCCCGAGUCAUCUCCUGGAAUGACUUUAGGUUCAACCGUCAUGUCACCAUCGGCAUCGCCGUUGGUUUCUCCACUGGCCAAGAUCAAGGUGGAGAAAUUGGAUGCUGCCGAAAGUGCUCAGGCGCAACAUGGUGGUUCCUCGCAGGCAGGUGUUGAUAUGGAAAGGGAUGAUUCGGUGGAUAGUCAGAAAAAAUCGGCGGCAAAGCGUGGUUUGUUCAAGAAGUGAUCAUGGUUUCAAGGGUACUCCUAGCUCUGUUGUUUAAACCUAUUCUCUCAGAACAUUUGUGUUGUAGGUUAGUUUUUGUGCGUGUCAUGAUUCUUAUUAUUCCAUGUUGUUUGCUGCAGGAACUAAAGAUGUGUUUGAUGA